CAAUUGCCUUGCCUCAAGCAAUUCAUCAUGGAACCCUUUUUCCUUUCCCUAUUUCUCAUCCUGAUUUUCCUCAUUUCCCUUUCUCUCUUCUCUUUCUCUUCCAUUUUCAAAUCCAAAUCCUCCACUGAGCAAAAUUCUACUGAUGAAAAGCUUCAUGAGCUCCCACCAGGAAGAACAGGCUGGCCAUUUAUCGGUGAAGGCAUUGAGUAUCUUUCAUUGGCCAAAAAGGGUUGCAUUGAAAACUUCAUUUCAACAAGAAAAAAUAAACACAACCCCAUGCUUUUCAAGACUUCAUUGCUUGGAGAAACCGUGGCGGUUUUAUGCAGCGCUGAGGGAAACAAGUUGCUGUUUUCCAGUGAGAACAAACUUGUGAAAUCUUGGCGGCCGAGAAAUUUCGGUAAAAUCUUCGACAAUUCGGAUAAAACAAGCACCAUUGAGGAAACCAUGAGAAUGCGAAGCCUUUCAAUCGUGAUUAAGGAGUCAAACUCACUCCAAAAAUACGUAGAAAUUAUCGAUCAAGUAGCGAAAGAUCACCUGGAAAAAUAUUGGGAAGGCAAAGAAGAAGUCAAGGUUUAUUUUCUAGCAAGAAAAUUCACUUUCACGUUAGCAUGUAAACUGAUGUUGAACAUCGAGGAUCCUGAGGUUGUUGAAGAGCUUCAGAAGCUGUUUGAUCACAUAGCAAAGGGGUUCUUUUCUUUGCCUAUAAACAUUCCAGGGACAACGCUGAACCGAGCAAUUAGGGCUUCCAGGGAAAUUCGGAAAAAGUUCUUGGGGAUGAUUAAGCAAAGGAAGAUCGAAAUUAUGGAGAAGACUGUGUUGGAUUAUGAAGCCAAUGACAUAGUGUCAAAGUUAUUAUUGGAGAAAUCCAAGGAUGGUGAAGGCUUGAAUGAAUCUGAAAUUGCCAAUAUGAUUUUAGGGUUGCUGGUUGCUGCACAUGACAAUACAAGUGUUACUGUGGUUUCAACUGUCAAAUAUCUUGCAGAGCUACCAGAAACUUAUGACAAGUUUCAUGGAGAGCAAAAGGAGAUAGCAAAUUCUAAAGGGCCAGAAGAGCUGUUAAAUUUUAGGGACAUCAAUGAAAUGAAGUACUCUUGGAAUGUAAUAUGUGAAGUGCUAAGAUUGCAGCCACCAGUGAUUGGAACUUUCAGAGAAGCCAUUACCGGCUUCAACUAUGAUGGAUUUCUUAUUCCCAAAGGAUGGAAGUUACAUUGGUUUGCCUAUGCAACACAUAAGAACCCUAAAUAUUUUCCAGAGCCAGAAAAGUUUGAUCCAUCAAGAUUUGAGGGAAAUCGGUUAGUUCCUUUCACAUAUGUUCCAUUUGGAGAAGGUCCUCACAAGUGCCCUGGAAGAGCUUUUGCUCGAUUACAAAUACUUGUUUUUAUGCAUAAUUUGGUCAACAAAUUCAGGUGGGAGAAGGUUUUUCCAGAUGAACAAUUGAUAAGGGAUCCUCUCUUGGUGCCAACAAAAGGACUUCCAAUUCGUCUUUAUCCCCAAAAACCCUAAAUUAAUUUUUAAAAAGUUGCUAAAUAUAUGUAAGGUAUUAUCCGUGCAAUGCUUUUAUUUCUUUAUAAGAUUGUGCUUCUCUUUGUUUUUUGUAUGAUGAAAUGCCAUGAACGACCUAAUGUUGAAUACUGGUAAUAAUUAAUAUAUACAAAAGUAUGUUCUCCUGUACCUCUAAAA